GUAAUCAUUAAACACUAAGACAAUAUAAGUAAUUAAAAAAUGAAGAAGAAAAUGUCUAACAUCCAAAAGAACUUCAUUGUAGUUCUGAAUCUUUAAUGAAAAUGUGAUAAGACAUUGGAUUAGUAUUGUUAUUAUUAUCAACAAUAACAUUAAAUAGAUUUGCAAAAUGGAAAAAAAUAAGUGAAUACCAUGAACUACAAUUUAUUAAAUAUAUAUUAAAAAAUGUACUAAUUUAAUGUAUGAAUACUCUUCAUUUAAACUGUUGAUAAAAUUAAUGUGGUCAAUUAUACCACUUUCAGAGACAAUAUGAUAAUUAAAAUAGCACGCAAUAAACAUUUUUUUCUGGGCGUGGUCAAAGUCGGGACCCCGCCCCUAUUGCUUAAAUACACCUCUAUCAAUCUAACUGAGGAUAAACUGAACUCUGAAGUGAAGCACAGAACCAUUUAAUCAUUCAGAUUUCUUUGAACUGUUCUUUGUUUCUUGAUAAAAAAUUAAACGCUCUUUUUGCUCGUUUUCCCUUUCCUCGGUCCUGCCUUCGUUUGCAGUCAAGAUUAUUCAACAAUGGCAUUAAACAGAGUGAAUACCAUUACCGACAUUUUAUAAAAUGUAAACAAAAAAGUAAAUCAUUUAAUGAAUACGCUUAAUUGAAUCUGUUAAUACAUUUAAUGUGGUCAAUUUACAAUAUUACAAUAAUACAAUGAUUUGAUUUUCUGGGCGUGGUCCCAUCGGAGACCCCGCCCACUAUGUCUGAAAUACUCCUAAUAAUCCAACUGAGAAUAAACUGAACUCUGAAGUGAUUUUAAGGGUGUUAUAGUGACCUGAGAGCUCGGUCAUGUUUACCUGUGUGUGUUUUAGUGUGAUGUGUUGAGUCUUGGAGUUGAGUGUAACACAGUGUUUGUGAGUGUGGUGUGGUGUUUGGGGGGCUACAGUUGGUGGUGGUGUUGUUUCCCUCAGGGCUGCAGAUGCGCCUUCUGCUGGAGCAACGCUGCCUCAGCGGCCCGUGCAGAGAUGGCGAGGAAACCCCGGUGACACGGCACUGCUUUUUCAUGACGGUGAGUUUCCCUUUGAGUGUAUUAUAAUUUUGUGAUAAAAAUUUCAAGGAAAAAACACACACGGCCUCCUUCCACCCCUUCCUUCGGGGAGGGAAGAGUGAGCGCGGAGAGAAAAAUCUAUCUGAGACACAGCAAGGACAGUGAGGGGAAAAUAUAUAGGAGUGGGAGAGGGAGAAGAAGAAGGAGGAGGAGGUGGAGAGGAGGGGGAGCAAAUUAAAAGUUGCCAAAUGGAGAUAUUGGGUUUCAAGAGGAGUGAGACAGGAGUAAGGGUUUGCCUCUUUUUCAAAGUCGUCUUUAUGUUCUGCAAAUGGAAAUAAAUAGUUCUUGUUCGACACGGAUUUGCGUUUCGUGCUGGUUUUUCUUUUUGCUGUCAAAAUGGACUCGUUUCUGGAAACCUACCGUCGCAGGCUAGCGUCCCCCCCCCUCCCCCAGGAGUCCAAUUAGAUUAAACUAAAUUAUGCUUAAAAAAAAUGGAUCAGGUCGAUCUUCUGUCGUUCACCUCGAACACCUACAGCGUGGUUUGUCUAGACAAACAUCCGAAAAUCGACGCGGAUCAGAUCAAACCUGGUGAAUGGUCGCUAGUCCAAUGGUGGCCGCGUCUUUGAGUCCACCUGAGGCAGGAGUUAAAGCUCUGAGAUCACUGAGCUGUCCUCUGUCCCCUGAUCUGUUUUCUGUUCCUGGACAAAACCAUGCGCUCUAUUUUUUUUUUUUUUUGGUCGUUCUUUCCCUUUUUCUCAGUUCUACCUUCGUUGCGCAGUCGAGACUAUUCCGAGCAUAAUGGCUAAGCUAAAAAUAAAUAAAUACAAUAAAAACAAAGCGUCGGAGCGAUCAGAUUGAGAUCCGACCCGAGUGUAGAUAGAGAGUGAACAGUCCCCCUGUCUGCCCGAGUUUAAAUUAGGAUGUAUAUUGAGGGUUGAUGCGUUUUUGCUGCGUCUCCUUUCCGCCCCCCUGGACUGCAACAAUCGAAGAACUAAAGCUUCGCUAGCUUUUUUUUUUAUCCUUCAACUAGAGGAAGGAAACCUUUUCUCCACCCUUAAUUAUCUAGAAAAAUAUUCACAUUACAGACACUAAACAAAUAGCUGCUGUUUACAAAUUCUGGCUUUAAUAUGUUGAUCCCUGACUGAGUCUCAGACUGCAUUCAUUUUAGUGCAACAACGACAUGAAGCAGCCAUUAAACCAAAGCCGGAUACACUAUUUUGUGUUAUUUUCAGACUUAAAGUGCAACGAAAAACCCAUUUCUACGUGUUUUUGUUGUUUGUGUCCGUGUGAAGAUGAGUUAUUUACAGUCACAUCUAAAUAUACAAUUAAUGAUCACUUGCAUAGGAAUUGGUGCGUCUCAAAAGGCUUCUGCCUCAAACUAUAUUUUUCAAUUUGUGUGCCAGGUUCUUGUUAUUUAAUAAAAUAAUUAAAUAUUAUAAUAAAAGCCCUAUGAGAGCGUCCAAAAAGAACGUCAAACUCCUUCAAUAUCUGCCCCACCAUGCUCUGCCCUUCCCCCUUCAUGCCUGUGUAUUAGUCCCUGUUCUUAUAAAUAUUGGAGGGUUUAUGAUCAUUUAUGACUGUAUAUAUAUUUUUUUAACAAGACACCAAAAUGCUAGUGCAUUUCUCCUGCUACUCCUGUGUUUGUUCUGUAAGCGGUUUGUUCGAGGUUGGAGUUUUAGCAGAGUGGCGCAGUUUCAGGCAGCAGCCGCCAUUUUACACGCAGCACGAGGAGUUGCUUUGUGUCGUGUGGAUUUAAGGCGCAGUUUCCCCCCCACACACACAAACACUUCAGCAGCAAAUAUUUCAUAUCUAACUACAUUUCAUAUGUCCUACUGUGUUCAUGCUAAAUGAUGGUUCAUUAUGCAGAUACAUUAAUAAACAUAUCAGACACACAGUACACUAUAUUUCACCCCCUACUUUAUUUUAAACUACUGUCACAUGCCACAUGCACACUUUAUACUCAACAUGCCCUAAAUUCACAUGUUCCUAGUGCAAUGUGUCUUUUCAAAAACGCCCAUUCAGGAAAAAGUGCAAUGAAAACCUCUUUUGGGUGUCAUGGAUGAUGAAGACGAUCGCCGUCUUCUGGAUUUUAUUGGAGAUGUACAAGCUCUAAAUGACUAUCUUCAUGGCUCCAAUAGCAAAUCAUUAGAAGAGGAUGACCUGACAAAUGCGGCUUAUGAAUCUGCAAGCUCAUUUUUCACAAAUGAUACAGGUGGCUCAGAUGAAGGACUUAAAGAUGGCCACAAUCAUCUGGAAGAGUUUGGCGAAGCUGGUGAAUCUGGACUCUCCAGCAGCCUUCAGUUUAUCGAAGAUGAGCUUGACGGUGGUGUCUCCCCGAGUGGUGGAGUUGAUCUUGUUAGUGAGGACCAACCUUUUGAUAUCCUCCAAAAGUCUCUAUUGGAGGCAGAUAUCACAGAACAGACUUUGGCUGAAGAGGCAUUGUUGGAUUCUCAACCAGCUCUGUGUCCUCCCACUGCAACCUUCCCCCAGCAGUUGGUCUCUGGAGGACUUGGAGGCGUUUCAGGAACUGGACUGUUGGCUCCAAUGCCCCUAGCCGGGACACAAUCUCAGGCUUUUAUUCAGCAAGUUCCCCAUCUACCAUUGCAAAAUGGACCAGCAGGACAUAUUCAGUUAGUAAGUUCUCUUAAUGGGAAUACUUCCCCCAUGAUGACUAUCAAGAGCCUAGAGCGGCCUCAGAUCCUCUUGAGGCCUAGUGGAAAUGCAGUGGUGGGAAGUGCUGGGCAAGGUACAGCUUUUGUUCCUUCUACAUCUGGCCAGGUAUCUGUUCCCUUUAAUAAAGGGCCAAUACAUCUGCAGAAUAUUAUCAUUCAAAGAGGUCCUGUACCACAGUCAAUGGUCAGACCGAUUCAGCCCAAGGCCCUGCAGACAGGUGGACAAACUGUGUAUAAUUUAGGCAACCUAGGCAUCCAACCCAACACCACGGCUAUUGCAAACCAAGCCAAUACGAUUGCUUACACAGCCAACGGAUCUCCUCAGACUACCCAGCAUGUAAAGGUUAUGAGUCAGGGCACCAGCAUUGUAGUACAUUCUCCCUUUGGACAACAAGGGCAACCGCAGGUCCAGGCCAGUCUUCCCCAGGGGCAGUUUUUGCUACCCUCUGGCAGCACUGUUCAUGGGCUUCAGGCAGUGAAUGGCCAAGUGCUUCAGACCAACAGUCAAGUGGGUGACCCAUACUUAAAUAGCACUACGACCUAUUCUAUCUUGGCUAAUCAGAACACAGCUGUGCAGAUUAUUGCUGGGCAAAACUUUUCAGCUAGUGGGCAGAUGAUUAUGAAUCAAGGUGUAGUUAAUACAGGUCAGAUAGGGCAAGCCUCCCCUACAGGGGUAAUGCAGGUUGCUCAGAGGCCUGGUGUCCCAGCCAAAGUCUGGACUACAAACACAUCAUCUACUCCAGCUGCUGUACAGUCUUUGCAGGCACCAAACCGUCUCACCAUGGUAAACUCCACAGGGCAGACUCAUCUACAGAUAUCUGUUAGCCCGGGACAGCGUCUUCUAGUGCCUAUGGCACAAAACAGCACAAACUCAUCACACACUGCUGUCCAAGAUCUACAGUUUGAAAAGCAGCAGGUCCCUCUCAACCAAGACUCUAUAUUACCAAAUCAAGUUCAAACAAAAGCCCAGACACAGCUGGUUAAUCUUCUUGGUAGCAAAGGUGUGAAAACCCCUGGCAACCAGGAAUCAUGCCAACCUGCCAACCUUCUCCUAACUACUUCAAAGAGGCCUGAAAAUAUGCAGCUCAGCAGAGGAGGAAUGGUUCUUGGGCAACUUAAGCGGGAUCAUACCAGGGUCAUAUCUCCAGAACGUACACCCUUCACUUCACUAAAUGAUGUCAUUGACAGAUUGCUACCCUAUCAUGUGUUCCAAGGGGAGCCCCCCUCUGAGGAGGAUUUUGCCAAAGUGGAUGAAGAAUUUGAGGGAGUCGCCACACAAGUGUCAAUGAGAACACAGUCCAUGGUAAACAAAUACAGACGCUUGCUUAUGGUGGAGGCUGAGCGGUCCAGCCCUUCGUCUGAAAUAGUGAUGAUUGACAGGACAUUCAACCAAGAGGAACGGAACAACUUGACUCAUGAUAAACGAACAGUACUGGUAGACCCAGAUGGCUUUUUAGAAGAAUUUUGCUGUGGACCUAAGAAGCUGACUUCAAACUCAGGGGCCAUGGAUUCAGUUGGUCAUGAGGAGAUUCCCAGUUUGAUGGAGACUUCCCCUAGCCAAGACACGCCACACGUACAAGGAUACAAUGAGAGGACAGAAUGCCAUAUAAAGCCUGCUUAUAGGACAGAAGCAUAUUCAGAUUUUGAGGAUCCAGGUGGUGGGGGGCAUGAAGAAACCUUUACUAAGAGCAGUGUAGACAUGAAGAAAAAGAAAUCCAACAUCAUCAGUAGCAGCCAGCACCCCCAACACUUUCACCCUGCCCAAUACUCCACAUCUCCUAGCCAUUCUCAGCACAGCUCUGGCCAUUUCUAUCCCUCUGAACAACUCCAGUCAUUUGAACAUGGUCACGUACAAAUAUCUGACACAGAUUCUGUGCUUGAAGCUGCAGUGAAUAGUAUAUUAGACUGUUAGCAAUUUUUUCAUUUAUUGAGAUAAAUACUGUCACAAUCGUGAGUUAAAUACUGCAACAUAAUGGAUGCACUUCACAGCAAAACAAAUGUUUGUGCACAGUGUCCCUUUAGUACAUGGUAAGCAGUGUAGAGAAACAAAUGACUGUGCCUACUGUUCUGGAAACGUUUACAUGAGAGCCUUUUUGGGAGUGCAUCCACACAAAGCAGUAAGGUCUGAUGUUUGAACAAUGCUGGUUACACAUUAUUUAUGUGUAUGGUGUGUGUGUGUGUUUGCGUGUGUGUUACUGUCUCUGUAGCUCUGGAACAUACAUGCUCAUAGAGAUGCUAGAAUACUCCUGUGUGAAGUUACACUAACUCUGGAGGUUUCCUGAGUCCUACCUAGAUAGGUGUAGGCAGGUGUCUUGUGUGUCUCUAAAAGUAGCCCUUCAUAAGAUUUAUCAAUUUUGGCAUAUAGCGUUCCUUUAUUUAUUGAUUGCUGCAGUAGUUUCUGACCAAAGUAAGACCUCUAAAUACAGGCAAUCUUAGUUGUUUUAAAGUGUUUUGUAUUCAAUCCCAGUCCUAAACCUCCUUGCACUGCACAUUUGUGUUUUCAUUCUUCGUUGAAUUUUCAGAUGUACUUAUGGAAGAGCUUGAAAAUUAGCUGAACUGGUUGAAAUCCUAAACUAUGCAGUCCAGGUGAGGAAUUGAAUACUGUCGUAAGAGCAAUGACUAUGCUCGUUUUCUUUUUUUUAGCAUUUAGUUUUUGUACCUUACAGGUAUGUGACCUCCUGUCCACAGAGACAAGCUCACUUUGAGUGUUUUUUUUUCUGCAGGGGAAACUAUGUCCUCAGAUUGAGGGUACAAUGUUACAGUCUUCAUUUUUUUUAAAUGAUUUUUUUUUCCUUUAUGCUGCUUCUAGCCCCGGAUAGAGAAAAUCAUGCGUAUCUGUAGUUUGCAUUUCCAUGAGCCCAGAGAUAUACUGUUCAAAACAUUUUCAUUUUUCCUGUGGCUGCUGUUCCCUGCUGGUCAGGCCAUGUUUUUGUGGUUUUUUUUUUGUUUGGUUGCAGCAACUAACAUUUACACACGUAAAACACUUUUUUCUUUUUUUUUGUUGACACCUGUGUUUUCUGCAGCUUGUCCUUUAGUCACAGUUUGGUGUUUUGUAAUUGAUUUGAAGAACCAGCGUCUUUAUAUAAUGUGGAGACGUACGCUUUACCUUCCCAUUUGGUUAGUUUUGGCAGAGAUGAACAAAACGCAUGUGUUCACCAAGUUAACAAAUUUUUUAAACAUUUUAAAGCCACAUGCACAAAUUUUAAAGCUACUUUAUAAAAUCUGCAAUUAGUUCAAAGAAUUAGAAUUAUCUUCAGUCAUUAAGUGUAAUACAUGUUAAUUACAUAGAUUUCUACAUCAUAUAACCGCUGUAAACCAAAAUAUUUUGUUAGAUUUUUGUAGUAUUUCUAGAAAUACAGACAACUGCUUCAGAAAUGUGGUUCUUUUUUGUGAAUUGCAUUCAGAGCUAUGCCUAGGAUAUUGAGGUGGCAAAAUGGAUCCAUAAUGCAGCGUUGAGGCCUUUCUUUGCUUUCAUUUGGUUUCGAAAUUUCUGACUGCAACUUUUUUACUGCUUGUAACAAGUUAAUACCUUGUUUAACAACAGGAAUGAGACCAAUGCAGCAUAAACAGCAUUGAACAUUCAUGUGUUUUUUUUUUUUUUUUUGUCUGCAUGUUGAAAUUGAAAGGUUGUUUGUGCCUAAAAAAUGAGUUCCUUAAUCAUCAACACUAUACUGCAUCUGUCUUUUCCAGCAGUUCAACCAAAUUUGAUGAACAAAAGUUGUACUAUGACGUGAUGUUUGUGAUCUGAGCUUGUGUGGGUGAAGGAGGUUCAGCAUGAAGACCUUUUUGUUUAAGGGGCUUCUUUGCCUUAGGAAAGUCUACAUGAAGACAGUUGAGCAUUGUUUUAUGGUACGUGUGUGGCCUUCAGUUGAUCACAACAUCUUCAUGUUGAAAGUUUGAAGUCACCAUGCUUAACAUUUCAUUUUCAUACAGAAGUUUAUUUGCAACAUUUGUUUUGUAUUAAAGAUGAGAGUACAACAAAAUAUUUAUAAUUUUUGUAAGAAAAGUAUGGAAAAACGAAACAAAAAGGAAGUUAUUUUUUAUGUUGGGUAUACCUUGUUUAUGUGAAAUCAAAAUAUAUGGUCAGAUAUUGA